GACUUACCGCUAUAAUAUUCUUGGCAUAGCACAGAAACUAGGCUUCAUGGGUCUUCGAGUUGCAGCUUCAUGAACAAAGCCUCGCUCAUUCAAUCAUCAGCUGUACCAAAAAGAUAGACAGCCACAUUGCAUAGCUUAAAACUCCACGGCUCUACCUCUUUUGCAACAACCAAAACAGCCAGGCCAACUGCAAUUUCCACAUCCGAUCGAAUUCUAUCUGCUGCUGCUGCAUUCCUGUUGAGUCAUUUUUUCCCCUUAAUUUGGAUUGAAGGUGCCAGGCACUGUUUCGUCAAAAUGAUUGUUGGAGGUGACUAUUUUGAAGGUUCCCAUGAUCACAAUCUCAUGACAGGAUCUUUGACCCAUGAUUCUUCUCUGGCUCCUAAAUGCAACGACAACACAAAUAUUGAGCUACAGAGAUUCAAGGUGCAGUCGUUUUCUGCAGAUAUCCUUUCUGAUUCGACCAAUCUUUCUUCUGAAGCUGCAAGAGCAAUCAACCACCUUCAGCAUCAACUAGGAAUUGGUUUGGAGCAGGAUAUGCGACCAGUGGAAACUGCGACCUGGGAUACUUCUAUCUGCACCAUUCAAGACCAAAUAAUCAACCAUCAGCUUAGCGAAGAUCCACAAAACAUAUUGGUGCAACAACAGAUUCAACAGUAUGAUGCUGCGCUUUAUCCAAACAGUGGUUACACACCAGCACCUGAUCUCUUAAACCUUCUCCACUGCACUGUGGCUCCAGUGUUCCCUCCAACAGCAUCAGUUUUUGGUGAUACAGCACUAAGUGGUGGUACCAACUAUUUGGAUCUUAAUGAUGAGUUUACAGGAGUGGCAGCAAUUCCUGACAGUGGAUUAAUGUACACUAGUGAUCCGGCAUUGCAGUUAGGGUACCAUGCUGCCCAGUCUCACGCACUAAAGGAUAUCUGCCAUUCACUGCCGCAAAAUUAUGGGCUGUUCCCCAGUGAGGAUGAAAGAGAUGCCAUCCUUGGGGUUGGAAGUGUCGGAGGAGAUCUUUUUCAGGAUAUGGAUGACAGGCAAUUUGAUACUGUACUGGAGGGCAGAAGAGGGAAGGGUGACUUCGGAAAGGGAAAAGGAAAAGCUAACUUUGCGACAGAGAGAGAGAGGAGGGAACAGCUAAAUGUGAAGUAUAAGACUUUAAGAAUGCUCUUCCCCAAUCCUACCAAGAAUGACAGGGCUUCAGUAGUAGGUGAUGCCAUUGAAUACAUAGAUGAGCUGAAUCGAACAGUGAAGGAACUGAAGAUCCUAGUGGAACAGAAGUGGCAUGGGACUAAUAGGAGAAAGAUAAGAAAGUUGGAUGAAGAGGCCGCUGCUGAUGGUGAAAGCUCAUCGAUGAGGCCAAUAAGGGAUGAGCAAGACAAUCAGCUUGAUGGGGCCAUAAGAAGCUCAUGGGUUCAGAGGAGGUCCAGGGAGUGCCAUGUUGAUGUUCGCAUAGUGGAAAAUGAAAUAAACAUCAAGCUCACAGAAAAGAAGACGACCAACUCCUCCCUGCUUCAUGUUGCAAAGGUUCUUGAUGAAUUCCAUCUUGAGAUCAUCCAUGUGGUUGGAGGGAUUAUUGGUGAUCACUACAUAUUCAUGUUUAACACUAAGGUGUCUGAAGGUUCCUCAAUUUAUGCUUGUGCAGUGGCAAAGAGGAUCCUUCAAGCAGUGGAUGCACAACACCAGGCACUUGACAUAUUCAACUAGGCAUUAGCACCCAUAGUAACUAUUUGAAGAAGUUCCUAGUCUACUACUCUCCCUGGGGAGAGUCGUAAUUUUAUUUUCUGUCAGUCUAUCCGUGAGGAAAGUUAUUAGAACAGGCUUGGAGAGAACUUUGUCUUUACCAUUAGCUAGCUCGGAAAACAAAACAAAAUCUGGCAUGCCUAACUGUUUACUGUUAUCACUUAUCUAGCUCUACCAGAAAUGAUUUGACUCUCUGCCUCA